UUUACGUUACACACGAACUCCCGGAUGACAAGCUUGGUAUCCAGGCCAAAGAUGGAGGACGUACUGCUUGGAAAUAAAUUAUUAGACGGUUUGGCAUGAUAUGUGCUGAUCUUCCCAACUAACAUGGAAGACGAACGAAUUGCUGCUCUUAUGAAAUAUGUACGUGGAGAAAUAAGCUUUGAGCAGUGGAUUGAAAUAGGAGGAGGUGGAUCGGGCGAGGCAGAGACAGAGGACAUCGGCCUGCAAGAUGUCGAGGAGGUCGGACGAGAGGAAGAAAGCCAAGGACGAGCAGUGGAGAGUGAAAACAAAGGCAAAACUACUGAUAUGAUCACUGUUCUUGUAUCAGAGCCAAUGUUUGCAAAAUUGGCAGAAAUUGGAUCCACAGAAGCACCAACCACAGAUCUCCCAGGUGAACCACAUCAUGUUCCUGAUAGUGAUCCAAAUGAAUGCAAUAUGGAGUCACAGACGGCAUCCCAGCCAUCAGUUCGAAUGACAGAUCUUUUGCUCCAAGGAGCUGCAGCAAAAAGUGCCAAGAAACAUGGUGGUACUGGUGUUGAUGAAUUCAUGGAGGAGAUUCCUGUCCAAAAACGGCGAAGAGCUGGACGUCGUAAAUUGUAUGAGUUACCUCCAAAAUUAAAGAAAACCAUGGGUCAAGCUAAUAUUCUGUGGGCUAGAGGAGAAAUUGAGAAAGCUAAAGGAAUCUGUAUGGAGCUUAUUCGACAAGUUCCAAAGUGUUCAGAACCUUUCCAGACCUUAGGAAUGAUGUAUGAAGAACAGGGAGACCAAGAGAAAGCACUGCAGUUUUUUCUGAUUGCUGCAUAUCUCAGCAAAUCGGGAGAUUUGGAGGAAUGGGUUAAAUUAGCAAUGAUGUCCCUUGAACAGAAUAAUUUGGAUCAGGCAUUAACCUGCUAUAAUCAAGCUCUGAAGCUGGAGCCGACAAAUUUAAAUGUUCUUUGGGACAGAGCAGCUUUGUGCUAUCAGAUGGGAGAUCAUAAGAAAGCUCUGGAGUUUUACGAAUCUGCCCUAAAGAAUGUUCCUUCAGAUGAUGGGGCAAAGUUUGUUGAGUUGUCUUGUGAAAUGGCUAAGUUGUAUCAUGAAAACAAGUCCCUGGAUGAGGCAAUAAAAGUAUUGCAAACUGCUCUUUCUAAACAUCCUGAUCAUGCAAAUAACCAAGCAAUUAACAUGUUGGCUGACCUUCACAUGACGUCAAAAGAUUAUAAGCUUGCUUUUGAGAUGAUUUCAAAGUAUUGUGAUGUCAAACAAGAAGUCAUGUCACUUGACACAGGAGAGUCACCUCUGACGUCAUUUUCACAACUUAUGAAUGAUGAAGCUCAGGAGGGAGACAUUUCAAGAUCUCCUGAGAAAGACAGUGGUCACAAAAAAAUCAACUAUAUUAUACCUGAAGACCUUCCCAUUGAUCUUUGUGUCAAGUUCGCCAUAUGUCUUAUUCACUUGAGGCAGUUACAUGCAAUUAAGGAGAUUCUUGUACCACUAUUCAUGGAGACAGUUGAGUCAGCAGGUGACCUUUACAUUGAUGUUGCUGAGGCUUAUGCGGAAAAUGGUGACUGUGAGGAAGCGUUACCCAUCCUGGAUAUGCUGGUAGCGUCAAAAAACUUUUCACUGGCUGCAGUGUGGCUGAAAAAGGGAGAAUGUCUGACGUCACUGGGCAGAAUAGAGGAAGCCGCUUCAGCUUAUUCAAGAGUUGUUAAUUUAGCUCCAAAUCAUCUGGAUGCUCGUCUUGUCUUGGCCUCUCUUCAUCAACAGCUGGGAAGACCCAACCAGGCUCUGGAUGUGCUAUCAGCUGAUCCAAGAGGAGAGGGGAUUGGAGAUUCUGUUGAGGACGAGGUUGCCAUGGAUACGAGUUCUGUGAACUCCGAGGGUACUGAAACGGAGCCUGCAGUACAACCUCAGGAUUUUCGUUUGCUCUUCCACAAGUGUGCGCUGUUACACUCACAGAGUCGCAUGAAUGAGUUUUUGGACGCAGGAAUAAAGAUGUUUCGUUUGUUUUUCAUCGAUGUGUAUUACAUUAAAGAUCUAACAGACAUGGCCUUGAAGUCCAGUAGAUUCAGAAGGGAACUGAUGCAAAAGGAAGCGUUGGAACAGGAAGAGUCGCGGUCCCGCGCAAGUGUUGUGGCCUGUAGUCGAGGAGACACUGGGCUGAGAAUUGAGGAGUGGUGGGAGAUGUUUAAAAAGGUCGUCUCAAGUCUAAGUGGCUUGAAGCGGCACUCUGAGGCACAACAUAUGGUAUUAUGUGCGCUGGCCUCUGAUCGCUUCUCCGACUCUUAUCAGACAGAACUGGUCUUUAUGAGUAUUGUAGCGUUGUACCUCAACAGAGAGUACAAAGUAGCGUUUGACGCAACAAAAAUACUCAUUGCGAGGGACAAAAAGAAUCCAGUCUUAUGGAACAUACUUUCUCGAAUUACCGCCAGGUCUGGGGACUGCAGACAUCAGCGCUAUGUGUUGAGGCUUUUGAUUAAAAGUCCUGAUGAGUUUCCGUUAGUUAUGUUCAGCGGUCAUAAUGCUCUGGUCAGCGGAAGUUACCGAUUCGCAGUAGGCGAAUACGUUCGAGCUUUCCGCCAAGCCCCAGAGGAUCCUUUGAUCUCGCUAUGCUUAGGCCUGCAGUACAUUCACUUAGCUUGCCAGCGGUUUCCAAGGAACCGACACUUUUGUGUUGUGCAGGGUAUUAUCUUUCUUUUUCAAUAUCUUGGUCUUCGCGGCGAAUGUCAAGAGGCGUUUUACAACAUUGCUCGUGCUUUUCAUCAGUUAGGUCUUCUUCAGUUCGCUGUCCACUACUACAACAAAGCUUUGGAAUUCCCUCUACACGAGGCCUCCAAAAGCGACGGAAGUAACCGUGGGAAGUUUUCAGAAAAGCACGAUCUCCACAGAGAAACAGCAUUUAAUUUGUCUUUGAUUUAUCGAGCAAGUGGAAACGAGAUUAUGGCUAGAGAAUUGUUGAUGACUCAUUGUUGGGUGUGAAGGAUCUUUUCCAUAAACUUACUGCUUGUUGUGAGAGACUUGAUAACACGCCGAAUUCCGGUCGAGAGGCCUGGGUUCAAGACCGAUUGGGGGCAUAGUGUUGUGUUCUUAGGUGAGACAUUUUACUCUCACAAUGCCUCUCUCCACCAAGGAAUUUAAGUGGGACUGGGACUGGGACUGGGACUGGUGACUUCAUGCGAUGGAGUCAAAGACAAGCUCUGUUGCCUGGUGAGUCACGUGCCUCGAGUGCGGACCAGUAUUCGUUCGAUAAUAACUUAUUACACAUAAAACAUAUAUUUAUAUGUAAAUAUUUAUUUUAUGAAAUAGAUAUUUGUACAUAAACAAAUGCGAUGUUCAAAAUAAAGAAAACGUUUGCAGUAGACCAUUUAGAAUUAA